CAACCGGCGUUGAUCAACACAGUUCUUUGGGGCGCAGAUAAAAACACAAAAUAAUUGUUUUCAUUGCAAAUUUGUAAGAAUUUAAGGCACAAUGUCGCUAACUCCCUUUCUGCGCCUGCCCCUGACGGACUUGACCGGCUGCCUGAUCAACCAUCAAACUUACGACAAAUGCGGCAAAUUUGAGAUGAAGAUGAUGGAGUGCUUCGAGGCCUACGGCUUGGAGCGCGGAAAGCGCGAGUGUGCCGACCUUAUUUCCGACUUCCAGGAGUGCGUUGGCAUGACAAAGCAACUGAUGCGUUUCCACGCCAUGCGAAAUGAACGCUAUAAGCAAUGGCUCAAGGGAGAGCGCAAGGGCUCGGAAUUCUUUGCAGAGUCUCCUCGCGUAGACGCCUAUUAGACAGAGAGCCUAUUUUCUCGAGUGAUUGCAUAUUGUUAGCCGCAAAUUUGUGUAAAAAUAAAGAAAAUUUAUAAAACUCAA